AUGGAUCUGUAUUUCCGUCGUCAUUCCGAGUGGCUGCUCUACUACAACUGCUCAUUCUACGACCCGGACUCCUGGCCGCGAGAGGAAAGAGUGUCAAAGGCCGCGGCCUGGGUUUUCUACGUCUCCGGCGUUAUUGAAGCCAUUCUAUACCUUCUGAUUAUAUACGUUCUAUGUGAUAAGAAGUUGCGACAAAACUUUUGCUAUCGUCUAAUGCUGUUGAUGGCCCUGUUUGAUUUGUUUUUGAUCCCGGCGAUCACCUUUGCCACUGGUUACUUUCUAUAUUAUGGAAUGGUAUACUGCGAUCAUCCGGUGCUCAUUUAUUUCAUUGGCCAAUGGCUGCUGGGUAUGCGAUUUUUGGCAGUUUUUGACAGACCAAAAAAUUUUGACAAGGAAGUACUUUCUAUGGUAUGGAGUUACAGGUCGAGUCAUAUAUCAAAAAAUUCGCAAAAUUUUUCUCAUUCAGAAUAUGUAAAAAAUUAGCUACCUAGUUUUGGUUUGUAAGGGUGAAAAAACCCUGGGAACCUUUCUCGAAACACCACGCAAAUGCCUUUUUGACCAAGUUUUUACCAAAUCAAAAGCUUGUUUUUGAGUUACAGUAAACUCUGGUAUCUUCACAAGCCUUAAAAUAUCAAAUUUAAUUUAUACUGCACCUUAAUUCCAAUGUAAAAAAAGGCCCAUUUUCAUGGUGUUGCGAGAAAAGUUCUAAUCGUAAGGGUUUUUUCACCCUUACAAACCAAAAUUAUGCAGCUAAUUUUUGCAUAUUCUGAAUCAGAAAAAUUUCGCGAAUUUUUUCAUAUAUGUCUCGACCUUUAACUCUAUACCCCAUAGAAGUACUUUCCUCGUGAAAAUCAAGUAAUAACAUUUUUGUAUUCAAGUCUAUGCCGUUUUUUCGAAUUUCCAAAAAACUUGCUUGCAUUUUCAGCCGGCUGGAUGGGCUACUCAUUGUGUGCGGUGAUCCUCGCCUUCAACCGCUGCGUUUGUUUCACCAAAGCCGGCUUUCUCUUCAACGAUCAUUGGGAAACUUUCUGGCUCCUCUUGCCCGUUGGUUACACGAUUGGGCACUUUGUUUUCGACUUCCCGGUCAUUUUCAACCCUCAAUAUUAUGGAUGGUUCUUCAAUCCGCAUCUCUGUUAUUACGAGGAUUUGGAUGGAGUUGUAAGUUUGGCUCCGAUUUAUAGGAAACUUCAAAAAAAAAUGAAAUUUUUAUUAAUUCCGUACCCCAUCAAGAUUUUUGCAGAAUAUCUCGGGUACCUUUGCACAGAGCUCGCUAAAAUUUUCAGAAUUCACGCUGAGACAAAUGCAGAAUUUCCUGCCAAAACUUUAAAAACCAGCAAUUCAAAACAAAGCCAAAAUUUUUAUUUUCAGUACACCAACUACUCCCACAUUUCCCACAAUGUUAUGGUCGCCGUCUCCAUUCCCCUGUGUUAUUUUAUCUUUUAUUUUUUCGUUCGCAGUAUGCGCCAGGAUCAAGAGUCUUCCAAAAACGAUAACGGUGUAAGAUUACUACUAUUUUUAUUAUUUUUACAACUUUUUUCGCACCAAUAUUGAAGAUUUCAGCUGUUUCUCCAAAUCCUCAUCGUUUCCAUCACCUUGACCCUCGGAACCCUGGGUUAUUUUAUCAUGCAGAUCGACGGAGUGCCUCGCAUCAUCAUCUACACCGGUCAUUUCAACUGGCUGAUUGUGCAGAUCAGCCCGGCGAUCACAUAUUUUACCAUGAACCAGACGUUUAAAAAGAAAUUGUUCAGGAAAAAGAUUGCAAGUUCAAAAGCGGGGUCGUCAGUACUGGGAUCGAUAAACAGACCGCAGAAUACGACGGAACGACCCGAUGAAACAUUCUCACAAGCGCGGUAG